UUUUGCGAGACAAACAAGGAUGAGUGCUCCAGUCUUCCUUGUAUGAACAAUGGAACAUGCACUGACCUAAUUAAUGACUUUCAAUGCCAAUGUUCAAGUGGCUUUACUGGUACUUUGUGCGAAAAUGACGUCGACGAGUGCACGAGUUCUCCAUGCAAGCACGGGUCAAUGUGUGAAAACCACGAUGGCGGUUUUAACUGCCGUUGUGUAAAUGGAACCGUCGGAGAUUUGUGCGAAGAAAAUAUAAACGAAUGUGAAAGUAAUGGUUGCCAAAAUGGCGGAACAUGCAUGGAUGGUAUUGGGAUGUUUGAAUGCGCAUGCGCCGAUGAAUUUACUGGUAAAUUAUGUGAAAAAGCUAAUCCGGCAGAGACUCCCUGGUACGCAAUUGGGAUAGCAGCUGUAGUUGUUUUUGUAGCUGUUCUUGUAAUCUUACGAACCGUACAACAUAACAGGAAAUCCAGGGCGACAUUUGGAUCUGUACAAAGCAGGCCUACACAAGGAGAUAGGAAUUUUAAUCGAUUUGGUAAUGCAAACGUUGUAUAUGACGCACAACCUCUGUGUGUGGACGCAACGGAGUACAAGCUAGCCUCAGAUGACGCAGAAUCUCCGUUUGUUGAAGCAACAGAGUACAAGCUAGCCUCAGAUGACACAGAAAACAGCAAAAUAAAUGAGGGGACUUCCAUUAGAAUUCAGCAAAUUUAGCAAAAACGAAAAAAAAAUGAAUAAAGAAAAUCAAUCAAAUGCACAAUCAAACAAAAUAAUUAUGAUAUAAACGAAAAAACAAGACAUUUUAGAAGUGCACAUUUGAUCCGAUAAUUUGUGAAUGUACACGUAUAUACAUAAAAGCAAUUGUAAAGAAUAAUUGAUACAUUGGUACAUGUAUAUAUAUAUGAAUGUCAUUAUCAGUUGGUAAAUAUACAUGUAUCUAUAAUCAAAUACCAAAAUGAAUUGGUACACAUACAUGUAUAUGUAUGUAUAUGUCAUGACUAAUUGGUACAUAUACAUGUUUAUGUAAGUAAAAGCCAUUUUAAUUGGUACAUAUAUAUGUAUAUAUAAGUAAAAAUAAUUAUUAAUUGGUACAUAUACAUGUUUAUAUAAUCAAAUUCCAAUAUCAAAUGGUACAUAUACAUGUAUAUAUAAUGAAAUGGCAUUAUCAAUUGGUACAUAAACAUGUUUAUAUUAGAAAAUAUCAUAAAUAGUUGGUACAUCAACAUGUAUAUAUAAGAAAAUAUCAUUAAUAGUUGGUACAUACACAUGUUUAUAUUAGCAAAUGUCGUUAACCAUUUUGGUAUGAAAAACUGAACCUGUAUAUGUAAGCAACUGUCAUAAAUGAUCGAUACGUAUACACGUAUAUAUAAGCAAAUAGCAUUAAGAAUUGGUACAUAUAAAAUGUACACAUAAGCAUGUCAUUAAUCAUUUUAGUAUGUAAAAACUGAACCUGUUGUCAAAAUAAUAUACAUGAGCUUUUAUAUAUUUAUCUUGUUUACGAAUUAUUUAGUACAUGCUGAAUUUAUCAAAUGAAAUCGCUUGUCAACAAUUAAACCGUUAAACUUUACACUGCUGGAACCGAAAGUGAUUUGUCUUUGCCAACAGUAUUCUUAGAGGCAGACAAAACGGCCCGACCGAGCUCUUCAAAUCUUGUAGCUGAUCCAAACUUGAUAUCCCUUAAAUAUAAAAUUACAGUUCAAAAAUGAAAGCCAAAUUUUAGUCCAUUUAACAAACUUACGAUUAAAAAGUAUUUGGUUGACUGAAAAGUUUGGUGCCAUGGAUUAGCCUAAAAAUGUGUUUCCUGGCAUCAUAGUAGCAUGUCAUAAAAACAACAACAUUGGCUGUGAUUUCGUAAUGACUUACAUGAAACUAGUACCUGAACUGAUGUAAAACUCACCACACAACUUUUUAAGUUAAAAGUUUAAAAAACAAAACAAACCAACGCGGAAACGAAAUUCGGACGGAAAGACAACGCCAAAACAAUAUCCCCCUCCCGAUUCCAUCGGCGGCGGAUAUUAAACACGGCCUAAUUUGUGAAAUUGAUUUGAUCUGCUUUGCGUCUUGAACAGUCCGUUUGAAGUUAAUACAAUUACAGAAAUUUAGCAAACAAAAGCAUGGAGCCUGGUCAGACAGGUCACUUGCGGCUACACCAGGUUAAGGGUUGAUAUAGAGGUAGAAACUUACCUUUCUUUAAGUUUUAAAUGUACAUUAUUAUAUCUGUAGAUAAAAAAAUUGAACGUUUUUAAUUGUAUAUACUUGUAAAUACUUGUAAAUAUACAUUUAAGGACAAAACUUUAUUGUUUCAUAAUGCGUAUUAAGAUUAAUUUUAACCUGUUUUAUUUUAAUUUUCAUAUCAACAGACUUUGUUAAGCUUUAAUAUAUUUACGAUGAUGAUGAUAAUGAUGAUAAAAUUUGAGAAUCAGAAUUCUUUUUGGUUAGUUUAAACUACAUGUUAAAUUAUCUAAAUCAUGUUCAACGACGACGAGAACAACAACAACAACAACAAACACUUUUAUUUUGUGCACAUUGCAGUAUAGAUGAAGAUACAGAUGACUUUAUACAUACAUUACCGCCAAUUUGUUUUACAAAAACAUAUUAAUGAUUUUGUAAUUUUAUAAAGUACUAAUGAUUGUUUUGUCUGAAAUAUUUAACCUUGACAGUGCAUGCCUUUGAUUUAGUUUAUGUGAAAAUCGGGAAAUUAUGAAAUUAAUCUGAAAUUUUAAGUACUACAUAGCAUAUCUUCAACUCGCACUAAUCUCAUUAUUAUGUGCUUUAUUGUUCUUAAAUGUUUCUCAAUGUAGGUAGGUGUUAUCAUUUAGGUUUCCGUUCUUCCAGAAUUCAUAAAAAUAUGUGGUUUAUUUUAUUGGAUAUUACAUUUCUUUUUAUAUUCUCAUACAAAAUAUGUAUUUCACAGACCAUUAAACAUUCCUCACACUACAAUUUGAACAUGUAUUAUAUUUUUCUUUAGGUAAUUAGGCACCUAUUUUAUGUUUCUCAUCAAAUGUUUAAAAUAAUUGUUUACGUGUUCAUUGUGUAUUACAGUACCUUUUUUACAGAAUGCAUGCUGAUGUUCAUUCAUUAUAUAUACAUCCAUAGUUUUAUAUCUUAACAUAUUACGCAUUGAUAGUUACUUACUAACUUAUUUCGUUACAGUUACAGAUACAAUGACAUGACGAUCUCAUAUAAUAGAUCACAUUAUCAGUGUUCUUUUAUAUGUAGGCUGUCUAAGCCUAUGAUUGCAUUUACCAGAAUAUUUAAGCUAUCCCUUGUGUCAGCCUGUCUAAGCUUCUGUAUUUGUCAGAUUAUCAAUUAUCUUCCUUUUGUCUCUGUAUUUGUCAUAUUAUCAAAGGUCUCCUUUGUGUCAGACUGUCUUAUCCUCUGUUGUUGACAGAUUAUCAAUUAUCUUCCUUUUGUCUAAGCCUCUGUGUUUUUCAGAUUAUCAAUUAACUUCCAUUUGUCAGAUUGUCUAAGCCUCUGUAUUGGUCAGACUAUCUUAGCUCUCUAUUGUCAAACUGUCUAAGUCUCUGUAUUUGUCCGGUUAUCUUAGGUCUCUCUUGUCAAACUGUCUAAGCCUCUAUAGGUUGACAGGUUAUCAAAGCUCCCCGAGUGUCAGACUGUUCAAAUCUCCGUAUUUGUAUGAUUUAUAAAGCUCUCCCUUUUGCCAAACUUCUAAGACUUUGUAUUUGUCAGAUUAUCAAAGCUGUCGUUUUAUCAAACUAUCUAAACCUCUGAUUUCUUUUAUCAGAUUAUUGAAACUCUUGUUUGUAUCAGACUCUCUAAGCCUCCGCUUGUAUCAGACUGUCUAAGCCACUUGUUGUAUGUAUCAGAUUGUCAAAUCUCUUACUUGUGUUAGAUAUUCAAUCAUUUCAUGUUAUAUUAUUAAGGUCUGUUAUCUUUGUACAUAAAAUGAUAAUACUGGGAUCCUACAUAUUACCGGACAAAAUAUGGUGUUUUUUAGCUGUAACUUUUAUUUAAAAUAAUGAAAAAGAAUGGAAUUUUACCCAAAUAAUUUUGGGUUCUUAAUACACGUAAAUGUUCCUUUAUCAAACAUGAAAUUAAACAUUUGACCGUAGAAAUGUGUCUUUAAAGUAGGGCAUUAUAACAGUAAAAAACGUGUAGACAACUCAAUUUACCGGACAUUGUGUUUCAAAAAAUUUUGAAGUCGUGAAUUGAAAUUAAUCUUUAAAUAAUCAGCAAGGAAACUACGACUAUUGAAUGGCAAUGUUUAGAUAUCGGAAAAACCAAGUAUGUCAGUAAAAUAAACUCGGAAGCCAUGCUUGUUUCGAAGAGGCCAAUAUAGGGGUGUAAUUGAAAUCAACACUAUUAACUCAAUUAACGUAUUGAUUCUUCAUAAUCCUAAAAGUAUGAAACAUUUUGAUAUUCAAAUGGAAUUCUGUUCUUAGUCAUACAGUUUCCUUUUGGUCAUCAUGUAGCAUGUUGCAAAAGCAAUAAAUUCUAUUUUAUUUACAAAUGUACAUUUAAUGUAGAAUUUCCUCCCAUGGGCGAUACCCGUUUCCUUAUAUGUGUUUUAUUUUUGCAUUUCUUUGUAAAAGACAACAACGGUAUACUGUUUGAACAAAAUUUAAAAUUACUUUUUAUCAUUAAAAUAUGUUAAAUAUGUUUACGAUUGUCUUUCUGCGAUAA